AUGGCCGCCCGAAGUACUCUGUCUGAAGCUACUCGCUCGAUUCUUGACGAGCUUUCGGAGAGUGCAAAGGAGAAAGUGCCACGAGACGUCUACACCCAGCUGAUGAGCGGCUUCCUACAAGGGAAGUUUCAAAAGCAGGGAACGAGCUGCUUAAGGCGUAUCAGGAUUGCUGAAUUUACCUCUAUCGUUGCGAAGACGACGGGAUAUAGCAACGAGGACAAGGAAAAGGUGAAGGAUAUGUAUGCAAGAUACCAGAAACAGGAAAAAGACUUUGAGAAGCAACGCAAAAAAGGGAGUAAGACAGUAUACGAUCAGCAACAAUUCGUAGAAGAAUCUGCGAAGGAAUUCCUGCGGCAGCAAGAAAUGCGUUAUAAAUUUUUCCAUGACAAACAUCGAAACUGGUUUGCCAUGUUUCCGAGUUCAGCCAAACCGCAAAACAACAAUGUCAACGAAUUGGAUAAUCGUGAGAAUGGCAACAGGAACAGCAGAAUGCUUCCUGAAAACGACCUUGUAGGUUUCAACUGCGACAAUUCUUGA